AACUUAACACAAUUUUUGCAAAUUCAGCAUGGCGGCUCCACUGUUGUCUGAAGAUCACCAAGGCGGAUUUGUUUUUGAAAACAGCAGAAGAAAUGCCUUACUUGAAAGAAGUGGAAUGAAACUACCCAAGGGGGUGAAGACUGGAACCACGAUUGCUGGUCUCAUCUUUAAGGAUGGAGUUAUUCUCGGUGCUGACACAAGAGCUACUGAAGACACAAUCGUUGCCGACAAGAACUGUUCAAAGAUUCACUACUUGGCUCCAAAUAUCUAUUGUUGCGGAGCUGGUACAGCAGCAGACACCGAGGUCACGACCCAGGUCAUCUCAUCUAAUCUAGAGCUUCAUAGUCUAUCAACGAGUCGGGAGGCACGCGUCAUUACGGCCAAUCGCAUGCUCAAACAGAAGCUGUUCAGAUACCAGGGUCAUAUUGGAGCUGCUUUAGUCUUGGGUGGUGUGGAUGUCAAUGGCCCCCAUCUUUACAACAUCUACCCUCAUGGCUCCUCCAAUAAACUCCCCUUUGCUACGAUGGGAUCUGGCUCUCUGGCAGCCAUGGCAAUGUUCGAAGACAGAUAUAAACCCGAUAUGGAGGAAGAGGAGGCUAAGACGUUGGUACGUGAUGCCAUAGCUGCUGGUAUCUUCAAUGAUCUCGGCUCUGGUACCAACAUCGACCUGUGUGUCAUCAGAAAGGGCAAAGUGGAUUAUCUGCGGCCUUACGACGUAGCCAACAUUAAGGGAGUCAGGCAAGGGGACUACCGCUACAAGCGUGGAACAACUGGUGUCCUAACCAAGACAGUAACACCCUUGAUAUUCGAUGUAGUCGACACCAAAGUAGAGGCGAUGGAAGUGUCAUGAUCGGAUUAUUUUGCAUUCCGUAGCGGCGUUUAAACACAUUUAGAUUAGAUUAAAUAUGGAUUUUGUUUUUCUUGUUAAGGUUUUCCAGUUAAUUUUAUUGCCUCAAUUUGGUUUCACUUGAGGUAACGGCCGUCAUCGCACAGUAAAACCUAGAGAUGUAUCUAAUUGCUGUUGUUUCAGAGGUGCCUAUAAUGUCACACAGUAACCAUUAACAAGGUCAAAGGUUAGCCCUGGCUGCUAGGCACAGAGGAAGAGUCCUAUAUAGGGCUAGGCCAAAGGUGUGCUAAUUAUGCUAGCAGGCAUCACCAACAAGUGAGCAAUGCAAAUAUGCAAUACACAAUUGUCUUGAUUAUAAAUUAAAUACUGUUUUGUUCCAAGACAAUUUUUUUCUGUCUGAGUGCAUAGCACAAAGAAUUCACUUUCUUGUGAACAGCUUCAGGAAAUUGGUUAUGAUCAAUAAAUUGUUCAAUAAGAAAGGUCUUAAAAUUUCACUUGGUAAGUUUGCACUUAUAUUUCUUCUGGCUGCGAGCCUAGUUGCUUAGUAACAUUAACAAAUAACAGUUGAUCAUCACAAGAACAUUUUGUUUUAUAGAUUAUUGGUGGCUUACAAGGGGGAACAUUUUGAGUUUGUAAAACAAGAAUUCAAUAAAAUAUACUCAAAGAAAAAAGAA